AUGGCUCAAGAUCUGCCUUUCAAGCUCGCCAAUCCCGAUCUGCUCAAGACGGACGCCUACGUCCACGGCUCUUGGGUGACGGCAUCAUCAAAAAAGAGAUUCGAGAUUGAGGACCCAGGAACAGGCAAAUUCUUUGCCUCAAGUCCAGACUUUGAUCGUUCCGAUGUCGAUGCAGUGGUGAAAUCAUCGCAUGAAGCUUUCCAGACCUUCCGCUACGAGAACCCGAGGUCUCGGGCCAAGAAGCUCUUAGAGUGGGACCGCCUCAUCCGCGAGAACCGGGAUGACAUUGCUCAAGUUCUCACUCACGAGUCUGGCAAGCCUCUAGCAGAAGCGCAAGGCGAGCUUGAUUAUGCUCUUGGGUUCACGUGGUGGUUCGCCGGAGAGGCUGAGCGCAUUCGAGGAAACAUCUCGACGCCAUCUGCACCUAAUCGAAGGGUUGUGGUCGUGAAGCAGCCAAUUGGUGUAGCUGUGGCGCUUGUGCCCUGGAAUUUUCCCAUCGCAAUGAUUCUGCGCAAGGCUGGCGCUGCAUUGGCUGCAGGAUGCACCAUGAUUGCGAAGCCAUCGCCCGAGACACCUUUGACGUGCCUCAUCCUCGCACAACUAGCAACAAAGGCUGGGUUCGGACCAGGUGUCUUUAACGUCACAGAGGCUCUGUGCAAACACCCCUUGACGAAGAAGGUCUCGUUCACCGGCUCCACUAACAUCGGCAGCCUGAUCGCCAAACAUUGCGCAGAGGGCCUCAAGAAACUGACUCUGGAGCUCGGAGGAAACUGCCCCUUCAUCAUCUUCGACGACUGCAACCAGGACCAAGCUCUGGAACAACUUCUCGCACUCAAGUGGCGACAUGCAGGCCAAGCAUGCAUCACGGCCAACCGCGUCUACGUCCAAGACAGUAUCUACGAAGAGUUCCUCGAGAAGCUAGUGGAGCGAACCAAGAAGAUCAAAAUGGGACACGGAACCAAGUCGGAUACGACCAUGGGACCCCUGACAACACCCCGCGCCAUCCCCAAAGCCCAAGCUCACGUCAAAGACGCAGUAGACGCAGGCGCAAAGGUCGUACACGGAGGUCGAAAGGGAACAGAAGUCGGUCUGGAGGUUGGAUACUUCCAUGAGCCGACUAUCCUGCGCGAUAUGAAGCAGUCUAUGCUACUCAGUCGCGAGGAGACAUUCUCCCCCGUCUUGGGUCUGUACAGAUUCAAGACCGAGGACGAGGCGGUUCAGUGGGCCAACGAUACGAGCAUGGGUCUGGCCAGCUACUUCUUCACUAAGAAUAUCGAUCGCACGUGGCGGCUGAUGGAGAACUUGGAUGCAGGAAUGAUCGGGAUGAACACUGGUAAUUCAUCGGCGGCUGAGUCUCCGUUUGGUGGUAUGAAGCAAUCUGGCUACGGAAAGGAGUCUGGCAAGGACGUGGCUAUUGAGGAGUACCUGGUCUCGAAGACUGUGACCAUGACUUUGGAGGAUCAUUACUGA